AUGACCAAGGCCCCUUUCUCCGUCGAAUGGUUGUCCCAGAGCAGCCAGACUCUCAAGAGCCCCACUGAGGGCUCUCCGCAUCGAGCAUCCUCCGCGGGCCACCGCCCCGGCUCUGACUCCAGUCCUGGCUCUGGCUCCAGCCCCGGCUCGAGCGAGCGGAGCCGGGAGCAGUCUGCCGGGCCGCGGGCCGGGAGAAGCGGCAGGAGCAGGGAGCGCUUGGCGGCCACUCCCGCUGCAGUUCCUCCUUCUCCCCUGUCCUCAGGAGCAGACGGGCGGCCGUCGGGAGCGGGGCAGCCCGUGCCUGAGGAGGGUCCCGAGUGCUCGGGCCCCGAGGAGCCCGGCGGCCGCGGCGGGCGGCGGCUGCGCACGGCGUUCAGCGCCGAGCAGAUCAGCACCCUGGAGAGCUCCUUCCAGCGGCAGCAGUACCUGGGAGCCGCCGAGCGCCGGCAGCUGGCGGGCAGGAUGCGCCUCUCCGAGGUGCAGAUCAAGACUUGGUUUCAGAACCGCCGGAUGAAGCUCAAGCGGCAGCUGCAGGAGUUGAGGACGGAGCCUUUCUGCAGCCCCCCUCUCCCUUACGGACCUCAGGGCGGUGUGGUGCCCUUACCUCUCGCAUACGUGGCCCGACCACCACCUCUGCCCCGGCAAGGGGCCGCCUCUGAGGGCUUCACCUUGGCGGCUCUGCCGGCACCCGCCCUGGACCUCAGCAGCGCCUGCAGAACACAGCCAGUAGGCUUUUGGGCGGCACCCUGUUUUGUGGGGUACAGGGAUCCCAGAGCUUUCUUGCUGGGUGUCUGACCCUCUGAUAUGGACUAUGACUAAAGAGGAUUUGCACUACUGAUAGAUAUUUGGGCUGCCCUUGUCUGUAACUGCCUGGCGGAGUUAUGAUGCAGCACUGAACAAAACAUUUAACAAAGACAUGCUGGACAACCUGGACUAUGGACUUCAGGCCUCUGCAUUUAUAGGCAACUAUGAAAUAGAAACAGAGUAGGACAAACACUAAUAUAAAUGGAAUCCUUUAAUAAACUUAUUUUUUUUCCA